AUUCGUACGAUUUAAAAACAACUGUUAAUAUCAUAUGUAAAUAUAAAUUAUUAUGCUUAGUUAUUCGGAUAAUAACACUUUCUUAUUUGUAAAAGGGGAAGUGGUUACAGAUACCAUGAUAUCUGCUUAUAAUUCUUUAAUUAAUAAAAAAUACUCUGCCUUAUGGAUUAGCCAUGAUGAAUGCAAGACUUUAACCGAAACUGAUAAAAAUUCAGGAUCAGGAUAUCCUAAAAUUUUUGUUUGUGAUCCAUUUGAGGGGCCAAGUUUUGAAUAUUUGCAAGCACAGCAACCUCAGAUUAACAAAAUAUAUGGACCCUUUGUUAUUAUCCAAUGCAUUAUGGAUGAUGUACCUAUACCAAAUUGGGAAGUUCCGAUAUAUUCAAUGUCAAUGUCAAACAUGAUAGUCUGUUGUACGAAUAUUUAUAAUGAACAAAAGACAGAAAUAUUCAGAAAAAUUUCAAAAAUGAAGGGUGAAAUAUCGAGAGAUUUGACAAUUGACGUGACUCAUUUAAUCACAAAUAAAGUAGGCACUAAAAAAUAUAUCAUUGCUUCACAGUUGAAUAUUCCAAUCUACACCCCCUCGUGGAUCGACGAAAUAUGGCAGAGGUCUCAAAAGGAAAUCUUCAGCGAUUGCGUCUCGGAAUCCUUUGACAAACACAAAUGCCCUAUAUUUUACGGCCUGGUAAUUUCCUUGUCACAAUUUGACGCGGAUGAAAGGCGGGAUGCUAAGCUAUUGAUCGAAAAUAAUGGCGGUACUUACACUGGAGAAAUGAGGAUGAAUUACGUGACCCACCUGAUUCUCAAGGAAGCCUCUGGCAUGAAAUACAAAUAUGCCACCAAGUGGGGAAAUAUCAAGAUAGUUAAUCCGCAUUGGUUGACGGAUUGCGUUUCGCAUAACAGGUUUAUCGAAGAAUCAGCUUACUCCUUCCCACUUACUCCUCCGAAUAAUUCAUCCAUCCCUUCCGCCUAUCCCAGUGAAGCAACCAACAACGCCGAUGGGAGUAAAGUCAAAAGUUUUUUUGAAGAAUCGAACGGUAUUGACGUUAAAAGAGGUGAUAAAGGUCCAUCCCAAUCUACUCCUAACGGGACAUUGAGUUGCAAGGAUGCCAAAACUGACUUCAAAAACCAUAUAGAAAUUUCUAGAAUUUCGCCUUGUCAAAGUUUCAUACCACAAACGUGCGAAAAGCUUAGCCAAUUUAAUGUCCGUGAUUCUAAUCUAACGUCAACCCAAACUCAACACUCAGGGAACGACGAAUCACCACCACGCAAUAAUUCGACUCCUAAACCAAUACAAAUCGAUAUGGACAUAUUGAGCCAAUACCUACCUGUCACAUCUUCCAAUAAAACUUCCGGUGACAUGUCAAGCACCUUGGGAAUAUCGUCUCAAGGUAUCCAUAAUCAGACCACCGCCAAUUUUGACAAUGGCAUCCACCCAAACCCUCUAUCUGCUCAGACCGGAGUUGAACCCAGGGGAUCGGAUUCGACAAUGUUUGUCACUUCUAGUGGAAUACAAAAAGAAAAUGUCCCGCCAUCCGUGAAGACAUCGGUAAAGGUUCACAUAGACAACGAUUCCCGACAUCUGCCCAUCCAUUCCGGGUUUCGAAUCGAUGAAGCAUUAAAGUCGCUCAACGCGCUGGAUAAGGUCCUCGUCAACAAGAAGAGGCGUUCGAGUAUUUCCUUAUCCCAAAUAUUUUACGAAAAAGCUCAGAAAAUUAUCCAUAAAAUGUCUCAGGAAAAUGGUCUUGAUGGUGACGCUUUUCCGGUUUCCGCUGUCGAAACAAAAUCGAUUCCAGCAAAAAAACUUAAGAAAGCUCGACGCGAACUCAAGAAAAACGCCCAACUUACCCGCGCUUCUCAGGAACACACCUUUCUUCCCGCCUCCGUCAUAGAUUCUCCGACAUCAUCUUCGUCAAUCGAACGCGAUUUUAAAGAUUCUCAAGAUGAUGUUACCGAUAAGAGGCCUAAGAGAUCAAACGUCAAGAAAGUCAGCGAAAAUAGUCUAAGCUUCGUGAAGAAUCAUGAGCCGAUCCUGAAAGGGUGCAUUAUAGCGGUAAGCAAAAAAUUGGCCAUGAACCAAAAGCAACUCAACAAAAUGGCCACGGAUAUGGGUGCCGAAGUUAAAUGGGUCUACGAUAAGUCGUGCACUCAUUUUGUAUAUCAGGGAAAAGUCAAGGAUAGGUCGAAAGAAUUCCGCCAGGCACAGCAAGACAAUAAAAUCAUAGUAGGACCUGAUUGGUUAAUUGCUUGCUCUCAAAAUGGCGUAAAGCAUUGUGAGUCUCUUUAUCCAUAUACACGUGAUCCGAGACUUUUUUUAAGCGACAUGUCUCCCAUUCAAACACCUUAUCGCACCAACAAAAAAAGCGUUGUCAAAAGUAACAGGAUCCUCAGUUCGAACGAUACUACAAUGCAGUUAGAUCCCGCUUUACCCGAAAAUUCGACAAUAAACACGAAUUUUUCUACGUUACCCGAUAUUUCGACCGAACGCCGCCAAACGGGCAUAGAACAAGAACUGCAAGAUAUUAUCUCCAAGACUAGAACCAUUUACCAGAGGAACAGAAAAUCCAAACGUAAAUUGAAGAAGGGAAUGGCGGAAACAAUCAAAAACUUGGAAGAUGAACAUAACGCCAUGAACGUAUCUCGAAAGCUUGACCACCUGGAAUGUACGAAUAGACUCUCGGCCAAUAACGUUAACAAUUAUAUCCAUAAUAACUUCGCUUGUUCCGAUAAUUCUCAGUCGCAAAACAUUCAGAUAACGUGGGAAGAUCCCGUAGGAAAACGCGAAAGGGAGAAAAUAUCGAAACAGCUGAGUUUGCUAUCCUCCACCUCCCCCCUUACCCCACUAUCAAAAGACCUCUUUAACACCACCAACGAUAAUUCGACCACCAAUAUUACUUUUAAGAUGUCCGAAAACUCGACCAUGAUGAAUCAAUUUCCUAAAGCCCCUCCUCUAGCGUUUCAUAAACAAACCUCGUCAGUCGUUUCCACCAAAAUUAAUUUCUCUAAACAGAGAGAUUCUGCCACUACCGAAGACAUUGUAGGAAUUGCGGAUAUGAAAAGUUCUACAUUCGUGGAGGAUAAAUCUAAGAACUUCAAGGGUAUCAUGAAUGAGUGCGAUAUAAGUAACAUAGGUCAAGAUACCACAGCGAAGCCUAAAUUCAUGUUUUCGGCCCUUUCAGAAGAGGAUAAAAUUCAUUACGGAUCUCUGAUUGAAGGAUUAGGCGGAACCGUGUCCGAUAUGGUGUGUUUUGACCCGCAAGCUACUCAUUUGUUGGUGGACGUUCCCAUGAGAACGGAAAAAUAUUUGGCGAGUAUAGCCAAAGGACUUUGGGUACUCCAUAAAUCCUAUUUGGAGACUUGCUCCCAAGCGGGACAUUUUAUAAAAGAAGAAUAUCACGAAUGGGGUUCGGAAUCAACAAAUCAAUUGAUAGCCAAUCGGAACAAAGGUUGCAAAGAUUUGGCCAAAGCUGCUCGUCAAUGGAGAAUAAUGAUCAAAGCAUCUAAAUCGGAAGAAGAAAGAACAAAGCUACCUAGUGGAGCCUUUUCCUCGUGGGUCGUUUUACUGUACAUAGCACCUAAUCACUUAACUAACAUAGAAAGGUUACUCGAAGCGGGUUCGGCUCGAGUCCUAAAAUAUUCCAAAAUCAACUCCAAUCCCAAAACAGAUUUCGCUCGUUUUCUCGCCGCCAAUUCCGUGACACAUGCUUUUGUAGACGUAAAUAAGAUGGGCACUCAACAAUAUUUUGAUUUAGAUGCCUUGGUGAAGUGCAGCGUCAAAUGCCUCAAACCCGAAUUUAUCCCUUCUUAUUUGUGCGAUCCUUGUAAUGUUACUCACGAAAAUUUCCUAUUAGACCAAUUGAAACGCCGCUUAUAAAAAAAAAUUAAAACAUAAUAUAAUUAAUAUAAGGUAAAACCUUUGGAAAAUGAUGCAAAAAGAUUGGAAAAAAUAAAUAAAGGAGGA